CUGUUCGUUCAUAAACCCUCGAGAGAGUGAGAGUGAGAUAGAAGGAGAGAGGAGGAAGUCAUGGAAGGGAGUUCGUACCAGCGAUUUCCAAAGGUGAAAAUCCGAGAACUCCGAGAUGACUACGCCAAAUUCGAGCUCCGGGACACCGAUGCCAGCAUGGCCAACGCUCUCCGUCGCGUCAUGAUUGCCGAGGUUCCCACCAUUGCCAUUGAUUUGGUAGAAAUUGAAGUGAACUCCUCUGUUCUCAACGACGAGUUCAUCGCCCAUCGCCUCGGUCUCAUUCCCCUCACCAGCGAGCGUGCCAUGUCCAUGCGCUUCUCUCGGGACUGUGAUGCUUGCGAUGGUGAUGGCCAGUGUGAGUUUUGCUCUGUCGAGUUUCACCUUCGCGCCAAGUGCCACUCCGACCAAACCCUAGACGUCACCAGUAAGGAUCUCUAUAGUUCUGAUCACACUGUUGUCCCCGUUGAUUUCUCCGAUUCUGCUGCAGCUACUGGUGAAGCGCUGGAUACCAAAGGAAUAAUCAUUGUGAAGCUACGUCGCGGUCAAGAGUUGAGGCUGAGAGCCAUAGCUAGGAAGGGUAUUGGAAAAGAUCAUGCAAAAUGGUCGCCUGCAGCAACUGUGACAUUCAUGUAUGAACCGAGCAUUCACAUCAAUGAAGACCUAAUGGAAACAUUAACUCUAGAGGAAAAGAGAACUUGGGUUGAAAGUUGUCCGACUAGAGUAUUUGAAUUGGAUACUGUCACUCAUCAGGUUAUGGUGGUUGAUCCAGAGGCAUACACUUAUGAUGAUGAGGUGAUUAAGAAAGCAGAAGCUAUGGGUAAAGCUGGAUUAGUGGAUAUUACGGCGAGAGAAGAUAGUUUUAUCUUCACAGUGGAAUCUACAGGUGCAAUCAAAGCUUCCCAGUUGAUACUCAAUGCCAUAGAUAUUCUGAAACAGAAGCUGGAUGCAGUCCGUCUUUCAGAUGAUACUGUAGAAGCAGACGAUCAGUUUGGUGAGUUAGGUGCACAUAUGCGAGGUGGAUGAUCCAAACACCACCAGGCUUACCCAUAUGAUAUGUUCCUAGGAGGUGGGUGGAGGCUAACUUGAAUUUUGUUUUCAUGGAGAUGGUGAAAAAACAAUUUGUUGUUGGGUAUCUUUAUUAGGGAUAGAAGAGUGACAUCAAACAUUUGCAUUGAAGUUGUUAGACAAUUGUUUUGAUCUAUUGUGAAUCAAAUAGCGCAGAUAUGCUUUCUGAAAUGGCAUUCCAAAAAUGCUUUAUCCAUCUUAUUGCCAAAGCAAAAUUAAGCUUUGCUCAUUGUGGAUGAAAUUGGUGAAAUGAUUGGGUUAAGGAGGUUUUUUUUUUUUUAAUUGAACGUGUCUGUAAUAUGUAAAGUUGUCAACAUUAGGAAUGACUUUGAACUUACUUCUAAGUUCACUGAUUUAAGAAUUCUAAUAGACAGUGGACUCGCCCAACUCA